AAAAUGAUUGAUUCAGAUCGUAUUAUUGCAGCCUUUUCAGCUCUGCCAAUCAAUUCAAUCAAUCAAGAUUGGGUGAAAGAUGUAUGGACAGCAGAUUUUACAGAUUUAGGUGAAAUACCAGAGGAAACUGUAACUAUAGUUAGUAAUGAUAGAUAUAAUAUUUCACAGCUAGAAGAUUGUUGUAAAUUAUUAGUGAAGGAAAAAGACGGGAGACUAUGGACUUUAUUGGUAGAUAAUGAUAUAUCAUUAAAAUCUACAGUAGUAUUAUUAUACUAUCUACUAGACAUUGGUACCAAGGUAAAUUCUAACUAUGUUAUGAAAGAAGCCUCUAUAUUAGCAGCCUCAGUCUAUAUCAAAUUAUUAGCUCUUCCUGGAAGUGGAGCCUUUAAAGUUUUUCAUCCAGAAAUCAUUGUCAAGUGUGUGGAAAUAUUAAAAUUCUUUGAUAAUGUUGGUUCUACUAAACGUAAAGUUAGUUCUGAUAGUGGUGGCAGCAAGAAGAAAAAAGGUCAGAAAAAGAGGAAAAGAAAGAACACUGCUGAAGAAGACAGUUCACUGAAUAAUGAUGAGGAUGUGUCUAUUAAUGAUGAUGAUGAUAUUGAUGAGGAGCUAACCCCAUCUCAAGUCAACAGGCUAAUGAAACUAUUACUCAAUUUGUUGAAGGAUUUAACUCACUUAUUUGAAGGAUUUUCUUUAAAGAGCUCAUAUUCUACAGCUCACAGACUGAUAUCCUAUUUUGUACAGUUAACAAGACAGGAAAUGGUGGACGUUGACUUUUAUUCAUGGCCAUCUAUAGAAAACAUGUCGGUGCCAUGCUUGGCUUACAGAUGUUUAGAUUUAAUGUGUACAGUUCCAAGUCUUAAUAUAACUAUUCUUACAGCGGUGUGUAAAUAUAUUCUGCCUAAUCUAUUGAUGGCUGGUAAAUCAGUAGUUAGAGCUGAUACCAAAAUAGUUGAUCAAACAGUAGAAUUUCUCAGAUAUAUAAUGAAAACUGGAGGAGAGACUACUAUACCAGUAAUAAGCACAUUAAUUCAGCAUAUGAGUACUAAAGUUUUAGAUAAAUCAGAUUUCAGGUUGACUGUUGCCAAGGCUAUAGUAACGUUGCUUCAAGAUUUCCCAGCUCCAUCCUACUCUAAAGUAUUAGAAUGGUUACUUAAGCUUUCACAACAUGCCAAGAUGAGUCACAGAAUAUUUGCUUUAGAAGUUGUAACUUUGUUAUUAGGAAGAAAGGAACCAGAAUCUAUAGAUGAUGUGAAUGAUGAAACAGUGUUAAUAACCAAACAUAAAUCAUUAAUGAGUGUUAUAUUAGCUAGAUGUUCAGAUUUAUCUCCUUCGGUUCGGUCUAAAGCUAUAUUAGGAUUUUCACAAUGUUUUGUAUCUCUGAAUACUGAUGUGGUAUCAGCUAUGAGAGAGAUAGUUACACCAAGAGCAAAUGCCAGCCGCCAAAAACAUCCCCCACACUUGAUACCUACACCUGAUUUACAGAAUAGAGUUGAAACCAGAAUCACUCCAGAAAGUAUAAGUAAAGAUGGAGAGAAUGAGACACCACUAGUGACUCCCUCAGAUAGUGAUGUUAAUGUUACUGUUGGAAAUACUACCUCUACUAGUAGAAACAGAACAGUUUUUCCUUUUACACCUUUUGUUGGUGUUCAGCUAACACCUGGUUUUAAUCCAGAUUUAACAGAUAAUGAAGGUGUGAUAUCUAUGCUGCGUAGAAGAUCUAGUGAUGAAAAUGCUGGUGUAAGAAAAGCUGCAGUACAAGCCUUACAAAAUAUCAUUUUGUUUGAGAAACCAAACUUCAGAAAAGAGAAUUUGAUCAUGAUUAACGAGAGAUGUUGUGAUCCUUCCUUAUCUGUAAGAAAACAAUCUAUACAGUGUUUAACCAGAUAUAUUACACAAAUUUGGUUAGAUGGUGCCCUUCCUCUAGUGAUGGAUCGAGAGAAUACUCUACAAGAUAAAUGUUGUGAAUUAGUCGAAGAUGUAAUAUUUGGAAACUUGACAACCUAUCACAAACAUUACCUACAGCUUGCCUGUCAAACAUUAGCUAGAAGUAAAAAGAUCAAGCUAUCAUACAUGAAAAAUCUGGAGACGCAUAUUGAUACUGAAAAUAAUAAGGGCGCAUGGUUAUUAAUCUAUAUAAUAGCCCAGUUUGUACCCAAAAUAAAUGCACAAUUUGUUAUCGAUUAUUGGGAAAAACAUUCACAGUCAUUAAAAGAUGAAGAAGAAGAUACGUUUGAAAGAGUAUUAAAUGUAAUAUGCUAUACAGCUGAACAUCUGUUAUCUACUGUUAGACUAGAUAUGAUAGAUGAUUUGAAUAACAGAUUAAAAAGAUUUGAUUCGCCACCAGGAUUAGUAGCUGUCAUAGUUAAAACAUUAUCAAAGUUGAGUGAAUGUCAAGCUACAUCUGAAGGAGAUACAACACGAAGUCAGAAAGAAACUUGGGGAGUACAACUGUUAAAAUCUUGUGAUGAAUAUCUUUCUAAAGUUAUAUUUGAAGACAAAUUAGAAGGUGAAGUAGAUGAAGAUAAGAUAGUGUGUUAUUUAAGUACUAUAGGAGAAAUAGUUCAACUCUGUCCUGCUAAAACACCACAACGUAUAUAUUUAUUAGUACAAAGUAUAGUAGCAGGAAGUGAAUUACCCAGUGAACAUCAUUCUCAAAUCUCUGAUACUUCACAUACUUCCUCUCAAAACUCUUCCCAGAACUCAUCACAAAGUUCCCAGGGUACACAGCAAGCAAUACCUCCUUCCCAACCAUUUUCACAGUUUAAAGGUUUUAAUACAUCAAAUAGAGUUCGCACCUUUGCAUUUAUCACACUAGGUAAAUUACUUUUACAAAAUGAAAGACUAGCUAAGAAAUGUAUCCCAGCUUUAGCUCGUGAAUUAGAGACCUGUAGUGAUAUAGUAUUACGUAAUAAUAUUGUUAUUAUAAUGUGUGAUUUGUGUAUAAGGUAUACAACUGUAAUUGAUAGUUAUGUACCAAAUAUUGCUGUUUGUCUUAAAGAUCGGGCUCCUUUGAUUCGUAAACAAACUUUAACAUUGCUGACACGUUUACUACAGGAAGAUUUUAUCAAAUGGAAAGGAGUUUUAUUCUUUAGAUUUAUUACGACAUUAUUAGACUCAGACUCAGAUAUUCAAGAUUUUGCUGAGUUCUGUAUGAUCAAUAUUUUACUACAUAGACAACCUAAUAUGUUCUUUAAUCAUUUUAUUGAAUGUAUUUUUCACUUUAAUGGUUACACUGAAAGUUCAGUUUACAAUAAAUUUACACAGACGGACCGGGAGAAAUCAUUAUUUAAUAUGAAAGGUGAACAUGCUGCCAGUAAGAGAUUAAAGUUGUAUUUAUUUAUGUUAGAACACACAAAUGAUCAGCACAAAUUUCAACUUACUUCAAAACUCUGUCAAGAUAUACUAGGUGGUGUUGUUGAUAAUAUUUUACCAUUGAAUGAGAAAUCAUUACCGUUAUUAAAAGAUUCAUUAGCUAUUUUGAGUAGCAAGGAAAUAAAGAUAUCUAGUAUGAAAGCUAAACCGACAGCACAAGAUGAUGAUGAGCAACAACCAGAUAUGGCUGCCGUUGUCUUGGCAACUGCUAAAAAACAUCUUAUAACACAGGUAGUUAAGAAAAAUGUAAUAGAAAAUAUUGUACCAAUAGUUACAUCACUAAAAUAUAUACUAGAAAAGGAAAAAUCACCAGUUUUAAAAGAUCUCAUGAUUUAUUUACAAGUUUUAAUGAAAGAUUUUAAAACAGAAAUUGAAGAAAUUCUUGCAAGUGAUAAACAGCUAUUGAAAGAAUUGAAUUUUGAUAUAAAAAGAUUUGAAGAACAACAGGAAAAUGAAAGUAAUAAUAUAACAACAGAUACUAUACCAAUGGCUAGCCAGACUGGUACACCUGUGGCUACUCCUGUAACCAUAGUAACAGAACCUUCCAGUGACAAUAAUACAGACACCACUGUUAACAGUCCUUCUAGAACUGACAGUACUACAACUCAGACAUCUACUGUAGGAACUCCUAAACAAGACAAAAUAACUGGACCAAGACCACCACUGUUGUCAGCAGCCAUUUUGAAUUCGGCUAAAAAGAAUAUUGAGAGAUUAAAAGAGUUAAAGGAAGCUAGAAAUACACCCAGUAAAACUAAGAAAACACCUAAAGGAAAAACCCCCAGUAAUAAGAGUAAAGGUGGAACACCAGUUAGUGAUAAAGAAAGGAGAAAGUCUGGUGUAACUUGGGCUGAUGAAAAUUCUAAAGAUCCCAUUGGAAGUUCAAGCAACACUAAUGAGGCUUCCAGUACAUCAUCAGCAACUAUUCUUAUUAAAACACCAAAUCAUCGUGUAACAAGAGCUAUUAGUACCCCAUCAGGAGCUCUAGGAAAUAUAACCUUUGCUAUAGAUCAGAAUACAUCAAUGAUACCCUUAUCCCCUAUAGAAGGUAGUGAUGAAUCAGCUCUUCAAAUUUCUAAACAACCAGAAUUUGAUAGUGAUGAUGUUGUGUUUUUGAUGUCUCCAGAAAGACCAUUACCAAAACCAAAAAAAUGGAAUAUUAAGAGUGUGAAAACUGAAGCAUCCUGAGAAGUUAGACUUUUUCAUGAACAUUUACAAUGAUCAUUGUACAUGUAAAUAUAUACUGUAUGCAAUAUAUAAAUAUAAUAUUUAUACAAU